AUGCCUUCCCAGGAAUCGUCCCACAACACGGUCAAUAAUGACUCAAAGGCCACAACAAAUGGGCCUAAGCCUGUAGAGGACCAUGACCAACGGGUUCACCAAAGAGACGCACUGCUAGCGCUCAAUGAGGUGAUUAGAAAGCUCAUAAUGGAGCGAAGCGUCAUCGAGAAUGACAUAAUUCACCAGCGUGCCGUCCUCAGCGAACAAAUGACACGCCUCUCUGCCACUGAUGAGAACAUCCAGACUCUUCAGAAGGUGUGGGAAGAUAUGACAGCUGGGUUUGGAAACCAGUCCCACAAAUAA